CGCAGAGGUGCGGGCCCGGGUGCUCCCGAAGACUGGAGACUCAGGAUUCCUCUAACAAGCAUGGGCUCCCUGCCAGGCCUGGAGGGCUCGGUGUCUAGUGCAGGGGGUCUCCCGGGUUCUGCAGGCUGCUGUUCCGCAGCCACCCCUCCAUGUGCAGGCGCUGGGCUGGGUGUGGUAUGGGUGCCAGGUGAGCAGACACACCGGUCCUUUGCUGGAGAGAACAGGAAACGGGCGUGCAGGAGAUUAGACGCAGCUGCCCAGGAGCGGGGCUGCCCCCCAGGGAAAGCGCGCGCCCUGGGGUCCUGGGACUGUGAGGACCCUGAGUCACAAGACCUGCAUCCCAGAGGCCACCUCCCCGGACUGAGGCCCGACAGCGGCCAGGGGCGACUAGAUGUGGGGAGUCCUCAGAACGGCAGACGGAGCUCGGCCCAGCCUUGUCCAAGAUGCGCUGCAGGGGAGUCUUUCAGGAACCCUUGUGGAGCCUCUCCCACGCUCAGGGCAUGGGCUGGCAGCGGACAGGGACAGGAGGAAACCCAAAGUGCAGUGGCAGGUUCUGGAGCCUUCUGCCAGGCCCGGGGGUGAGUGCCGCAUCGCUGGACUGAAGGCACCGGUGAGGAUGAGGUCGUUUCCAGAGAGACGCCCAGGCGGAAGCAGUGCUGUGCAGAGGGAGGAGAGAACACCUAAUGGGUUAGUUAACUAAACAACUAGGUAACUAACGAUCUGGUCAGGUGUCUUGCGUGCCCAGCUCCCACCGGCGCGCCCUGGGGUUAGCGGAGUUCCCAUGGGGUUGGUUCUGAGUGUCUGUGCCGCAGAAUGGACGGCUCCGAGACUGGCCAGCCCCUGUGUCCUCUUUGCUUUGAUUGUCCCCUGGAGCUCGUCUCCCGCUGCCCCGGGAUAGUGGGGGGCCCUGCUACCUGCCAGUCUUCUCUGCACAGGGCUAGUGGACCCUGCAGGGCACUGACCCCAUGGGCAGUGGUCCGCCCUGCCCCACCCCGGACCAUGGGAGCCAUCGUGGUCUCAGGCAUGGACCCGUGUGGGUUUACUUUGGUGACAAAACCUGAGAGUUCUUUGAACUAAGUCAGUAGUUUCGCUGCGGGGGGUGGGGUGGGGCGAGGAUGCAUACAACAGGCAAGGCUUCGUCCGCAGGUCUCCCCACGACGGCGGCGGCCUCCCACCCCAUCCCCGGCAUCCUUCUCUAGUGCCCGCCGCCUGGAUGCUGUGGCUUCCAGAAGAGGCUGCUGAGCUCAGACACAUCUUUGGUGGCGAGCGGUGAGCACACAGCUUUAUAAUGAGGUUGGAAAGUUGGGGCUACGGAUUUCAUGAAUUUUGUAUUAAGAUAUAACACAGCUGCUGUCAUUUG